GUGCUGCAGUCCCCUACCUCGUGUUUGCUCUUUGCUUCUCUUUCUCCUCCUCCUUAGUCCUUGGUCUCCACUUCUCGGUGGGUGCUCUGUGCAGUGGAGCUUCCAUUCCUUUGACACUUCUCCACUUCCGCAGUGUCCCCGCAGCCAUGGCUGGAACCAUGUCCGCUCUGGCCAAUUGUGGAUUGAUGCGCGCCCCCGUGCACCACAGCAUCACCUCGUCCACAACCUGCGACACCACUGCCUCCGCCUCCACCCGCAUCGCCCUCCCUCCCGUCCAUUGCUCUCGUGUGUGUAUCUUUUUACAAGAGAGAAUAUAGCCAGAUAAUUCAUUAGUGGUUUCAACUAGGAUGUCUGCUGCUCACGGGUAGCGCAACUAAGUGCUUGAAGAAUCCCACUAUGCUGCGAGAGGCCAAGUCAUCCAAAAUUUGUCGUAAUCCUUGAUGUGGGAAGGUAGGGACUCGAAGGAGGUGGUGUCGACAGCUGAGGCAUUUAAAAAUGCCGCUUGCGGACUUCUUUUAUCUUUCUCCUUAGCAACUGCAUCACCAUCGUUCGCUGCUCAAAAUAGCCAGAUGAGAUUGCCACCACUGUCCACUGACCCGAAUCGAUGUGAAAGAGCCUUCACAGGGAAUACCAUUGGUCAAGCAAACGGUGUUGCCGACAAGGUUCUCGAUCUCCGCAUGUGCGAUUUCUCCAAUGAUAAAACAAACUUAAAGGGCAAGACAUUAUCAGCCGCUCUCAUGUCAGAAGCCAAAUUCGAUGGUGCUGACUUGACUGAAGUAAUCAUGUCGAAGGCAUACGCAGUUGGAGCGAGCUUCAAGGGUUCCGUUUUCACGAAUGCAGUUGUCGACAGGGUUGCAUUCGACAAAUCAGACAUGCAAGGUGUCCAGUUCAUCAACACUGUACUCUCAGGAUCGACCUUUGAAGGGGCUAACCUCGAGGGCGCAUCGUUUGAAAAUGCUCUAAUUGGUUAUGUAGAUAUCCAGAAGUUGUGUAAGAAUCCCACGCUUCCGGAAGAAAGUAGAAUCGAUUUGGCAUGCAAGCCUUGAUUAAUUUGUAGCUGUUUGAAGAGAUGUUCUUGUGACUUACUGUCGACGUGGCAACAUUUUCUGUAAUUGUGUUCGCAAUUUUGCGGCUAACUAAAAAAAACCUUGGACUUCGGUA